AUGCGGAACCUAAUAGGCAGCCACCCUGGUGGAAAAACCAGCAUAUGCUGUGACGCACACGCGUCGAACGCGCAUUUUGCUUUAAAAGGAAGCGCCGCCUCUCAGUCGCUCUCUUUCAAUCGGACCGGAGACAAAAUGUCUCACCGUAAAUUUUCGGCCCCACGCCACGGCUCUCUGGGCUUCUUGCCCCGCAAGAGAUGCAAGCGCCAUCGUGGUAAGGUGAAGAGUUUCCCCAAAGAUGAUCCCAGCAAGCCUGUUCACCUGACUGCUUUCCUUGGCUACAAGGCUGGCAUGACCCACAUCGUCCGUGAGGUCGACAGACCUGGCUCCAAGGUCAACAAAAAGGAGGUGGUUGAGGCAGUGACUGUUGUGGAGACUCCUCCCAUGAUUGUAGUGGGUGUUAUUGGAUACGUCAUGACCCCUCGUGGCCUGCGCUCUCUAAAGACCAUCUUUGCCGAGCACAUUAGUGAUGAGUGCAAGCGUCGCUUCUACAAGAACUGGUACAAGUCCAAAAAGAAGGCCUUUACCAAGUACUGCAAGAGGUGGCAAGAUGAAGAGGGCAAGAAGCAGCUGGAGAAAGACUUCGCCACCAUGAAGUACUGCCAGGUCAUUCGCAUCAUUGCCCACACACAGAUGCGCCUGCUGCCUCUCAGACAGAAGAAGUCUCACUUGAUGGAGAUUCAGCUGAACGGAGGCUCCAUUGCUGAUAAGGUUGACUGGGCCAGAGAGAAGCUUGAGCAGCCCGUUCCCAUCAAUAACGUCUUUGGUCAGGAUGAGAUGAUUGACGUUAUCGGUGUUACCAAGGGUCACGGAUACAAGGGUGUGACGAGCCGCUGGCACACAAAGAAGCUGCCCCGUAAGACCCAUCGUGGUCUGCGUAAGGUGGCCUGUAUUGGAGCCUGGCAUCCUGCCCGUGUGGCUUUCUCUGUGGCUCGUGCCGGUCAGAAGGGCUACCACCACCGCACUGAGAUCAACAAGAAGAUCUACAAGAUUGGUGUGGGCUAUCACACCAAGGAUGGAAAAGUGGUUAAGAACAAUGCCUCCACUGAAUAUGAUCUGUCCAACAAGAGCAUCAACCCCCUGGGUGGCUUUGUGCACUAUGGUGAGGUGACCAAUGACUUUGUCAUGCUGAAAGGCUGUGUGGUCGGAACCAAGAAGAGGGUUUUGACCCUGCGCAAGUCUCUUCUGGUCCAGACCAGCCGUCGUGCCCUGGAGAAGAUCGAGCUCAAAUUCAUCGACACCACCUCCAAAUUUGGUCAUGGACGUUUCCAGACCAUCGAGGAAAAGAAGAGCUUCAUGGGACCCCUCAAGAAAGACCGUCUUGCCAAGGAGGAGAUGUCAUAAAAGCCUUCUGCCUGUGCUCUGUCUGGUGUUGUCAUGCAGUACUGCGGAGUUGUUUAAAAAAAAAAAAAAAAAAUCAACAAAAUGAACAAUCUCUGGAGUUUUCAAUAUGAACA